AUGGCAAGCCUGAAGACAUGACAACACAUUGACAACGUGAAGCCGUGGAUCCUCGUCUAUAUUCUAAAGGGUAGAACGGUAGAACCAGAGUAGAUCCGAUCAAGCCAAGGAGAUUCCCCUUUGGCUUUGGCUUUGGCGUUAGACAUAGACACUAGUCGGACUUGGACAGUCUGAAAUUUAUCAUGACGGAAGAACUGGUGAAGGCCGUGCCCAAUCUUAAAGUGUCAGAAGACCCAGAUAAUGGCGCUAUGAACGUGGAUGCCCCCGAGGACGCCAACGACGUGGUUAAUCCUUGGACAGUCCAGACCACCAACGACAAAGGCAUCGAUUACGACAAGCUCAUCGAGAAAUUUGGCAGUCAAAAGAUUGACCCGGCCUUGUUGGAGCGUAUGGAGAAAUUAACGGGUGUGCCCGUUCAUCACUUGUUGCGUCGAGGUGUGUUCUUUUCGCAUCGCGAUAUGGGCGUCAUUCUAAACCAGGUCGAAAAAGGCAAGCCGUUCUAUUUGUACACAGGGCGGGGCCCGAGUAAUACGUUGCAUAUCGGACAUCUCAUCCCGUUCAUGUUCACCAAAUGGUUGCAGGAUACGUUCGAUGUGCCCUUGGUGAUUCAAUUGACCGAUGACGAGAAGUUCUUGUGGAAGGAUCUCAAAAAAGACGACGCAAAGCGAUUGGCCUUCGAAAAUGCCCGUGAUAUCAUCGCCAUGGGCUUCGACGUGAAUAAGACGUUCAUUUUUAGUGAUUUCCAACACAUUGGCGGCGCAUUUUACGAGAACAUGGUCACAGUCAUGAAGCACGUCACCUUCAACCAAGUCAAAGGCAUCUUCGGCUUCAACGACAGCUCCAACAUUGGCAAAAUCAUGUUUCCCGCCGUUCAAGCCACGCCCGCCUUCUCCUCCUCGUUUCCCUCCAUCUUUGGCGGGAAGAAGGACGUACCUUGCUUGAUUCCGUGCGCCAUUGAUCAGGACCCCUACUUUCGCAUGACUCGAGACGUGGCCCCCACUUUGAAGUUCCGGAAACCGGCCUUGCUCCACUCCACUUUCAUCCCGGCCUUGCAAGGAGCUCAAACUAAGAUGUCGGCCAGUGACGAGAACACCUCGAUCUACGUCUCGGACACACCCAAGCAGAUCAAGAAUAAGAUUAACAAAUACGCCUAUUCGGGUGGCGGUGACACCAUCGAGGAACAUCGGGCUAACGGCGGCAAUUGUGACGUGGACAUUUCCUAUCAAUAUCUCACCUUCUUCCUAGAGGAUGAUGCCAGAUUGGAACAGAUCCGACAGGAUUACUCCAGUGGAAAACUGUUAACGGGCGAGUUGAAACAGAUUCUCGUGGAAACGGUGACGCCUUUAGUCAUGGCCAUCCAAGAGAAACGAAAGACCAUCACCGACGACAUGGUCAAGGAGUUCAUGCGACCUCGACCCAUGACCACCAAAAACUUCACCACACCCACCUAAUUGAUGUGACUUUUGCUUUAUGCUGCUGCCUGAAUAUCUAGCUGUUUAUUACGCCAAUGACUUCCAUUUCAAUUAAAACAAAAAUCUUCCUAGA